CGUAGAAGAGGAAGCUGGAAAUUGAGAGAGUGUGUUUAAAAUAAGAGAGGAAAUAUUCUCCUUAGCUUUCAAGCUCUUUUUUGGGUGUUUUCUUUUGAAAUCAAACAAACUUUGCUAACCUCUAGCUCCCAAAGUUGAAGUGAUUAUUGUAUUUUUUUUUCUUGAUGUUUUAAGUUUUAAACUUUGUGUGUUUCUGUUUGUGCUGUUGUUUGCUACUCAUAAGGUUUCUUGUUAGUUUGUUCUUUUGACACAAUCUGUGAAACUUCUGAGAUUUUGAAUACCACCAAGAUUUUCUUAUCUGUUUGUCUUUGGAAAAAAAACACUUGGUUUCUUUAGCUUUGUUUUCUAGCUACCAAAAACCAAACCCCAUUGACAAAAUGAUGUCUGGAGAUGUUUUUUCAUUUCCUUCUUCUGUUAAAGCAGUACUUCCUCAGCAUGAACUUCAAACAAACCCUAACCCUAAACCUAAUCCAGCUUCUUCCAAGAGAAGAAGAAAUCUUCCUGGAACACCAGAUCCAGAUGCAGAAGUUAUUGCUCUUUCACCAAAGUCACUCAUGGCUACAAACAGAUUCUUAUGUGAAAUCUGCAACAAAGGUUUUCAAAGGGACCAAAAUUUGCAACUUCACAGAAGAGGACACAAUCUACCAUGGAAGCUAAAGCAAAGGAAUAAAGAUGAAAUUGUGAAGAAGAAAGUGUAUAUAUGUCCAGAAAAGACUUGUAUUCACCACGAUGCAUCACGUGCACUUGGAGAUCUCACUGGAAUAAAGAAACAUUUCAGUAGAAAACAUGGAGAGAAGAAAUGGAAGUGUGAGAAAUGUUCAAAGAAGUAUGCAGUUCAAUCAGAUUGGAAAGCUCAUAGUAAAACUUGUGGUACUAGAGAGUACAAAUGCGACUGUGGCACACUCUUUUCCAGAAAAGAUAGUUUUAUCACACACAGAGCUUUUUGUGAUGCUUUAGCUGAGGAGAGUUCAAGAAUCACUUCAGUUGGGGCUAACAAUAUGAACUUCCCAAAUACUAAUGACACCCUUUUGAACCAGCAAUCCAGUUUACAUGGAAUUUCCCAAAUUGGGACAUUUUAUAGACCAGAUUUUGCUAGUAUGGCAACUGGGAAUUCUCUUCAUCAGCAGCAGCAGAAACCAAGAUUAUCACUUUGGUUAGAUCAAGCUAAUAAUCCUCUUCAAACAUCUGCAAAUUCAAAUAUUUUCGAGUCAACUACCACAAGCGGAUUUGUAGAUAUGAUACAAAUGCCUUCUUCAAAUGUCUUUGGAUCAUCUUCAACAGCUGCAAACUUUUCACUAUCUUCAUCACAAGGCACUUCAAUGGCUGAAACCUUAAGUUCUUUGUAUUCUGAUAGUCAAAAUAACCAUUUAACCAAAUCUUCAACGCCAAUGUCAGCCACUGCACUUCUACAAAAAGCUGCUCAAAUGGGUUCUACAAAAAGCAACCAAAGUACUUUCUUUAGCAACAGUUUCAACUUAAUGAGCUCUUCUUCUUCUUCUCCAUCAAAUACACCAACCUUUAGCAGUUUGCAUAGUAGUGAAACAACAGACCAAAAAUUCCCCAAAAUAUCCGAAGAUUACACAGUAUCCUUGGGAGAGGACAAUGGCGGGCUCAUUGGGUGUACAAAUUUUAGUUCGUCGGCAAAUACUAAGGCAAUAAACCUGGAUCAGGCAAUUAUGCAAACAGUUGGCAUGCAAACUCCAACAGUUUCGAUGAGCUUACAACAGGGAAUUAAUAAUUGUCUAACGAGAGAUUUCUUAGGUAUAAGAAAUGAGCCAUUUUUGUCACAAGAGAUGGCUAAGUUUGCUUCGUUGAGUUCAGCUAUGGGGUUGAGCCAUUACAGUAGCAGUCAUUAGCAAUGGCAGUCUUUUUCAGUUUUCACUUCUCUUUCAGAAUGCAAUACUGUAAAAUGCCACCUUAUCUUCGAGCUGGCCAGCCUCAGCCUAUUGGCUAUAUUUCCUUUCAUUUUCGCACAAAUUUGGAUGCAUUAUUUUCCCUUUGAAAAGAAAAAACAAAACCCCGUAUUUAUUA